CUCACAGCGACUAGUCGACACGCACUGAUUGGACAAUUUCCUCGCAAAAAACUGUUUUCAGCACUUUAAACGCUAUUUAUAUAACAAUUGGCGGAGAAUUUGGAUAUUCCCCGUGUGGCCGGCAUCGGGCUUGAUGUGGGCGUGUCCCGAGCACUAGGAAAGCGCCGUGAAAGUGCGGUAAAGCGAGGUGAAAGCAGCGCUACUCGUCAAGCUAAAAAGGGGGAGGAGGCCGAGGCUCCUCCGCAGAAACCGAAACCACUGCGAAAUCCAGAGCUAACCCACCUUGGCAGGGAAAUGAUCAGCCUCUGAGGCACUCGUCGCGCACGGGACAGAUGCCAAGUGAAGUGUCAACGGGCUCCAGAUUGGGACUGGCACUGGGACAGCGACUGGAACUUGGUGGAGCCGCGCGGAGUAGAUGCGUGCGGCCGUUGGCCUGAUGCUGUCGCACGGUGGUGGUGGCGUGGAGCCAGCGAUGUCCCGGCCGGACUACGAGCAGAGCGCGCUGCACCACAGCUGCCUGCUGGUCCUGCUGCGGGGUGUGGGGCCGUCGCGCGCCCGCGUCCUGCAGCGGGCGUUCGAGAAAGUGCGACGUGUCAGUCACAUCCGGGUGAAUGAUUCCGCUGGCAAUCCUCGUUCCAUUUGGAUACGCUUCGUCCACGACCAUCCCGUGGAGCACAAUGACUGGGGGGACUUUCAGACGCAUCGUCGCCUGCUGGGACUCAUCACCAUUGGGCGCUUCGACAACCAGACGGAGCUCAAUGAGCUCUGCCGCCAGCACGAGUCCUUAAAGGUGCGCUACGGCUCCACGCUGUACGAAUCCCGUGCCAUUUUCUUUGGGCCCGACGAACCACCGCUGGACACCAUUGGCGAGGGCCAGGCGCCGCCGAUAAGCGGUCGUCGCCUGCAGGAUGAGUUCACCACGCCCUCCAACUUCAGGUCGCAGGCAUUCUUCUAUCGCGAACAGGAUACCUGUGCGGAUCUUGAGUCCCGGAUUGGCGACUUUGCCAGCGCGUUGUUUUGGGUCCUGGAAUCGAGACGCUUGGAGCGAUCCCGCGAGAAGGCGGACAAGGUGAGCCUGUUGCUUGCGCCCUUCGAGAAGCGCGACUUUGUCGGCCUGGACAUGGAGUCCAGGAACAAUAGAAAGAGGUGCGUGGGUCGUGUGAUGAAGAACCUGGCAGAUCUGUCCCUGCAGGCGGGCCUGGUGGAUGAUGCCCUGAGCUUGUACCACAAUGCGAACGAGACCUUAAAGUCAGUUGGCGAUUCCCUGUGGGUGGGCGCCUCCGAGGAGGGUCUGUGUGCCGCCUCUGCGAUGUUGCUGUAUCCGCAGAUGCGGGAGAUCGAGACGCUGCACCGGAACUCAUCGCUUCAAGAGGCUGGCACAUCUCCCCUAAAGAGCACCCCGGAAAAGUGGCGGGCCAGCGAUGCCACCAAGAAGGUCACUGCUGGCGAAGUCACUGCCAACAAUGUAGACUCUGCUCAGCGCGUGACCUCAAACUCAUCUUCCUGCUCCUCGGUAUCUUCCCUUGUGACGACGGCCACCAAUUCCUCCGCCUCGGAUACGCCCUCCACGUCGUCGUCCUCUUCCACUUCGACAAUAUCGGCGGCACCCAUUCCUGGACACCAGCGGAACGGCGAUUUGCCGGGGAAUAUACUAAAGGCCGAGGAGAUCACCAACUACUAUCGCAAGGCCAUCAUAAACUACAGCAAAUACAGGCAUGCGGCCACCAUUGAAACGGAGGCGGCCCUGAAGGCUUCGCGGAUUUGCAUAGAGCAGAAUCGCCCUCUGGAUGUGGCCAUGUUCCUGCAGAAUAUCCUGUACAUAAAUCUGAGUAUGAGCGAGGCGGAGAAGGUCAAGAGAUUUGAGAUCAUCACGGAGCUAUACCAGCAGAUCGGAUAUCAGAGAAAGGCCGCCUACUUCCAGCGCUUGGCGGCACUGCAGCACGUUAAGCAGGGCAGCCAGGCGCCAGACUGGAAUCAGAGCUACCGCCUGAUGCUGGGCAGCUUUACCGGUUACCUGUUGUGCCUGGAUCCGCUUGAGGUGCUGGAGAAUGCUGCCGGCUGGCCGGCACUGCAGAUCGAUUUGGUCCAGACCCUCAUAACGGCUGCCAGGCGCCUGGGGCACUCUGCACUGGCCACGCGACACAUGACCUUCCUGCUGCAGACCCAAUGGGACAAUAUGUCGCCCACGGAGCAAAGCGAGAUGGCUGUGCAACUGCAAAAUUUAAGCGCCCAAUGCGAGGGCUCACCCGUUCCCUUGGUGCUGGAGAAUGGCACUGUGAUACCGCCCGCCAAUCUCACCGAUCUGCCCUACUGUCUCGACUGUCAGGUCAAGGACUUGCCCGCCCAUCUGCGGCCGCAGCGCAUAAAGGUGGCCAAGGCAGACAGUGGGCCGUUCCUUUUCACGCCCAUCCACUUCAACUCGGUGGACCGCAGGGACAAGAAGAAGGACAAGAAUAAAAUAGCUUUUCUGUGGGUUCAAAACGAUCUUAGCGAGGUCACGGUGCGCCUGCGCAAUCCUCUGCCCUUUGAACUGGCCGUCACGGACAUGAGAUUAUUGACAAAUGGCGUGGUCUUCGAGUCCCUGCCCCAGACGAUUGUCCUGCAGCCACACGUGCCCACCUAUGUGUCGCUCCAUGGCACGCCCAUUGAGACCGGACAGUUGGACCUGCAGGGCUACAGCACUCACACGCUCGGCGUCAAGUCCAAUUGUCGGCUGAAGCAUAUGCGUGGUCGCAGCUUUCCGCCCAACUAUCUAGUGGAUGUGAUACCCGCCCUGCCCCGUAUUGGGGUGAAAACAUCCCUGCCUCAGACCGCGACGUUUAGCAAUAUGAACAGUGCCGACAUAGUGGUUACCUCGGCCAGCUUGACUCUGUACAAUGGGGAGUCCUCCUGCUGCACGAUAACCAUCACGAACGAGAGCACCACACUGCCGCUGGAGUACCUGGAAGUGGGCAUCAACUCGAAUGUGGAGCAGGAGCUACAGAAAAAGAUCUUUCGGAUAGACGAAGAGGCAUUGAAGACCAAACUGCCAGUGCCUCCGCUGGGUUCGAUAGAUUUUGACCUGCACAUUUAUGCCGAAGCGGACUUUGUUUGUCCGCAGCCACCCGCUUCCUUGAAUUCCGGUGCUGCUGGCGGUGAUUAUGGAGCUGCUGCUUCCCUCGCGCCCUACUCCAAUAUGUCCACAUCGGGGCACGCCAGCUUGCCCUCGAGAGUUGGUUCGCCGCAGCAUCGUCGCCACGAGCCACAGAACUCUAGUUUUCGUUCCACCAUCUCGGCCGGUCAGCAUUCGCUGGCUGCUUUAAGCUUGCAGCCAGGAGGAGGAGGAGGAGGCGCAGGACCGUCUAGCCUGGGCUCGCAAUAUUCCCAGCACAUAGAAGCGCAAGUGCGGCUGAAGUACUCGGGCGGGGAAGCCCUAACGGCAGGCUAUUGCCGCCAGUGUGCAGUGUCCUUUAACCUUGAACUCUUGCCCAGUGCGCAGAUCACCAGCUGGGAUGUUUUGCCGGCCGAAGUGGCCUCACAAUUUUACUUGGUGCUGGACAUUUCCAACCUAACCGCUCAAGAGAUGUCGCUCAACUACACGGACACCAAGAACAUACUCAUCGAGGCCAAGGAGAGCUGCCGGGUGCCAAUACCGGUGGAUCGCUGCUCGCUAGAGCAAGUGGUGGCCGCCCGGGCAGCUGAGGUGGCCGAAAACCUGGAAAGGGAACUAUGCUUUCGGACGCAGCUUCUCUCGUUUAACGAUGCCCUGAGCAAACUCUGCUCAAUUCACAUAGCCGAACGGGUGAAAAUCAACUGGCUGCUGACUGGAACGGAUAUUCAGGGUGUAGCCUCGCUCCGAGGGAUAGUUCUCUCCCAGUCGAUGGUGGACCUGACGGCUGUUUCGCCUUUGCAGUGGUCCAUAAGCUUUCAGGAGACGCCCGUGCAGCCGCACAGCGAGAUCGCGUGCACGGUGGGUCAGCGUUCGCUUCUGAGCAUCCAGCUGGCCAAUCAAUCGCUGCAACCGCUCAGGAACUUGGUGUUGAGCAUUAAGUUUUACCAGGACUACCUGAACGGCAUGGAGAAUUACAAUCUGGAGACACGCGUGGCCAUUUCAGGACCAAAUAAAAUUGCAAUUCCCCUGCUGGAGAAGCAGGAGCAGCGGCAGCACACAUGCUCUGUGAUAUUCUUUACGCCCGGGCGCUUCAAGGCCAGCAUAGAGUGCUCCAGCAAUCCGCAGCAGAAGCAGUCUGAGCACCAAUCGGACAUGUUCUCCUCCAGCUACGACGAGCAGCAGGCGCAUGUGUGGAAGUUUAUUCCCCCCAUCGAGGUCACCGUUGUGGAGCAGUGAAUUGUUGUUAACUGUCGCUAGUUUAAUUUCGUUAUUACGUUUGCGUAUGUAUUGUGUACAUGUACCCAUUCCUCGAUAAUUAUGUAUUUCCCCUAAGAAAGCACACACGAAAAGCAAUUGUUUGUAAAGAAACCAACUCUAAACUAGUUACAGAAUAAAAACGUAUAAACAAUGUAUAUAAUUAAGCUCAAACAUAUAAUGUAUGUACUUUAUGCUUGAUAGAGAAAGUGGCCAUAAACAUAGCAUAUAUCUUAUAAAACCUAUAGUCCAUGCCUGUAAAACAUAUAUCUAAACAUGCGUUACGCCGUGGUGUAUUUAUAUAGAUAGCAAAUGUUCCGCGCACUAAACCACGCCAAGCAUUAUACAUUUUGAUAACAAGCUCGUAUUUACAAAUAUUUUUAUACAACAAUUACCGGGGCAAUACACACAAACAUGUAUCAAACAUUAAGAUUGUUGCUAAAGAAAUUAUAUGCCAAUGAAAUGUGUGAAUAACUUGUAGUCUAAAUGCAAUAAUAAACUCUAUUUGACGA